AUGGAAAACCUGAUGUUUGUCUACUGCUCCUGUAAAGUUAUCUGGACGUUACUUGUAACAAUUCUAGGUCAUGCCAACAGCUUGCCUGUGGGUGAUGAUUCUCUUUGCACAGCAGAGGAUCUUGCUAAGUACAGCAUAAUCUUCACAGGGAAAUGGAGUCAGAUUGCUUUCCCUAAGCAGUAUCCACUUUACAGGCCCCCAGCACAGUGGUCAUCACUGUUAGGUGUUACUCAUAGUUCUGACUACAGCAUGUGGAAAAAAAAUGAAUAUGCCAGCAAUGGUGUACGUGAUUUUGCUGAAAAGGGUGAAGCAUGGGUGUUAAUGAAAGAAAUAGAAGAAGCUGGAGAGAAAAUUCAGAGUGUACAUGGAAUCUUCUCUGCUCCUGCCAUUUCCAGUGGUACAGGACAAACCUCCACUGAAUUAGAAGUGCACCCGAGACAUCCUUUAGUUUCAUUUGUUGUACGAAUUGUUCCAAGCCCUGACUGGUUUGUGGGUAUUGACAGUCUAAAUCUCUGUGAAGGAGACCACUGGAUGGAAGAAGUAUCAGUAGAUCUAUUUCCAUAUGAUGCUGGAACUGACAGUGGUUUCACAUUUUCCUCCCCAAAUUUUGCCACUAUUCCACAGGACACAGUUACAGAGAUCACUUGUUCCUCUCCAAGUCACCCAGCAAACUCAUUUUAUUAUCCCAAACUCAAAAUUUUGCCACCUAUCGCUCAUGUAAAAAUGGUGAAAUUAAAGAAAAACCAGCCUGGUCUUCCUCCACCUUUUCUUGAUAUUCCACCUAAAAGCAAUGAAAUAAUAGACUCUAUUUCAGAAACACCCCUGGACUGUGAGGUUUCACAAUGGUCUUCCUGGGGUCUUUGUAGAGGUCUUUGCAGACAAACAGGGACCAAGAUCAGAACUCGUUUUGUCCUUCUCCACCCUGCCAAUAACGGAAUGCCUUGUCCAAAUCUGGAUGAAGAAACAGGAUGUGAACCAGAGAAUUGUGUCUGAAAUAAAGAAAAUAUAAUAAUUUAGAUAAUUUAAAAGUAGGAUAGUAGUUUAACUAAAUCUAAACUACAUGUCAGUGUUCCUUCUAAUUUGGAUAUCCUUCACUAUUUUGCCGGAAGGAUGUAUUAGACUGGUUUUUGAAAGUUGUAUUUUAAUAUCAAGAUUUUGGGGAGUUAAAUUCCUAAGGUUUAGUGUGACAACAGUACUUGUUCAUUUACAGACAAAACCCCCCACAUAAAUUCUUGCUAUAAAUAAACUGUAAGUUCUUGGAGUACCCUCUAGCGGCAGAAAAGAA